AUGACAUCAUCAGUCGUCUUUCAAGGUAGUUUCAACUUCAGUUCAAAGCUUCAAUAUCUUUAUUUGGAUAAUUGUAGCCUUACCGAUGCAAGUUUUCUCAUGUCAUCUAUUUCCAUUACAAGUUCUUCAUCUUCUCUUGUCUUACUUGAUCUUUCCUUUAACUUGUUGAAAUCAUCAACUAUAUUUUACUGGCUCUUUAACUCCACCACCAAUCUACGCACUCUUCGCAUUAGCUAUAACCUAUUGGAAGGUCUCAUACCAGAUGGAUUUGGGAAACUAAUGAACUCUCUUGAAGAUCUUGACCUCUCUGGUAACAAACUGCAAGGCGUGAUUCCAUCUUUCUUUGGGAACAUAUGCACAUUGCAGAUCUUAGACCUCUCCAACAACAAGUUGAAUGGGGAAAUUUCUAGCUUCAUCCAAAAUUCAUCGUGGUGCAACAGACACGUGUUUCGGAGUUUGGAUUUAUCUUGUAACAACAUUACGGGCAUGCUACCUAAAAGCAUUCGAGUGCUUUCUGAGAUAGAGGAUUUGUUUUUGACUGGAAAUUAUUUGGAGGGAUCAGUCACCGGAUCCCAUCUUUCAAAAUUUUCUAAAUUACAAUCCUUAUUAUUGUCAGACAACUUUUUGUCUCUAGAAUUAGUCCCUAGUUGGGUUCCUCCUUUCCAACUAGAAUACCUGGGACUAAGAUCUUGCAAGUUGGGCCCCACUUUUCCCAGUUGGCUCCAGAAUCAACGCUCCUUAACUCGUCUCGAUAUUUCUGAUAACAGGCUUAAUGGUUCAGUACCAGAAUGGUUUUGGAACAACUUACAAAAUGUGAAUUUUUUGAAUUUGUCACACAACAAUCUCACAGGUUCAAUUUUGAAUUUACAACUCAAGCUUCUUAGCAGACCGUCUAUAUUUCUGAAUUCAAAUCAAUUUGAGGGUCAAGUUCCGUCAUUUUUGCUACAAGCUUCGGAGCUGAAGCUCUCCGAAAAUAAUUUUUCCCAUUUGUUUCCAUUAUGUGACCAAAGCACUGCCGCAAACUUGGCUAGUUUAGAUUUGUCAAACAAUGAAAUAAAGGGGCAACUUCCAGACUGUUGGCAUUCUCUGGACUCAUUACUGAUUCUUGAUUUAAGCCAUAACAAAUUGUCAGGGAAGAUUCCUAAGUCCAUGAGCACCCUUGUCAAUUUGAGAGCAUUGGUUUUACGAAACAAUAAUUUUAUGGGUGAAUUUCCUUCUGCUUUGAAGAAUUGCAGCAAUUUAAUUAUGCUGGAUGUGGGUGAAAAUAUAUUAUCCGGUCCAAUACCAUCAUGGAUCGGAGAAAGUAUGAGUCAACUAAUAAUCUUGAAUAUGGGAGGGAACAACUUCUCCGGAAAUAUUCCUAAUCAUCUUUGUUAUUUGAAGCGCAUCCAAUUGUUGGAUCUUUCAUGGAAUAAAUUAUCAAAAGGAAUUCCAAGAUGCUUAUCGAAUUUUACUGCAUUGUCCGAAAAGAGCGUCAACAGAAGUGAUAUUUACUAUCACGUACAUUGGAUCAAUAGAAGUUACUAUGAAGUUUACGGCAGUUUCAGUUGGGGUGAUUAUACUUUUGACGUAAUAUGGAUGUGGAAAGGUGUGAAACAGGGGUUCAAACAUCCAGAAUAUUUUCUCAAGAGCAUUGAUCUUUCAAGUAAUAAUUUAACAGGUGAAAUACCAAAAGAGAUUGGAAAUUUGCUUGGGUUAAAAUCUUUGAAUUUAUCCAGAAAUAGUCUGAGUGGAGAAAUUCCUGAUGAGAUUGGGAAUUUAAGUUCACUGGAGUCCCUUGACUUAUCAAGAAAUCAUAUAAAUGGAGAAAUUCCUUUCUCUCUAUCUGAAAUUGAUGGUCUAGGCAAAUUAGAUUUGUCACACAACUCUCUUUCCGGAAGUAUCCCAUCGGGAAGACAUUUUGAGACCUUUGAAGCCUCGUGUUUUGAAGGAAAUAUUGAUCUUUGUGGUGAACAAGUUAACAAAAGUUGUCCUGGAGAUGGAGAUGAAAGAACAGUAGAGAUUGAAGGUGAAGCAAUGAAAGGUAACGAAGAGAGUGUAUUCUAUGAGGCAUUAUACAUGAGCAUGGGGCUAGGAUUCUUCACUGGAUUUUGGGGCUUAUUAGGGCCAAUACUCCUUUGGCGUUCUUGGAGAAAUGCUUACAUCAGGUUCCAAAACAGAUUCACAGACUAUGUAUAUGAACGGUUGUAG